ACAACAGAGGCGACCAGCUAAGGCAAAUACAUACAUUUGUGUGUAGAUUAUUUUGUUAACUUUAUAAUGUAUCAUUUCAGUGUACAAGAAACAGACAGAGGAUCUUAUUUUUGUCAAGCAUCUAAUACCUUCCUACAAAGAGCUGUAUCUUCUAGAAAAAUCUUUCUGGAUGUCCUGGCUCCUCCAUCCGUGACUAUCUUGCCCCUGGCAGUACUUUCCACAGUGGGAGCGGAGGUGGUGAUUCAGUGCCAGGUGUCAGGACACCCUAUUCCUUCAGUCGAGUGGUCCAAGCAGGGCCAGUCUGCAAGAACAGGAGGGAAAGUUAUAAUGGGGGUAAGAAAUGCAACACUUUACAUCUCUUCAGUGAGAACAUAUGAUGAAGGUGUUUACACAUGUGCAGCUUCCAAUUCUGUGGGACAGGACCAGAAAACCACUACCUUGCGUAUAGCUGCAAAACCAGUCAUUAUAUUGUUUUCGGGAUCAGUGAACGUAUCAAAGGGAGCCACUAUUAAUGUACCGUGCCGAGCUGUUGGAAAUCUACCAAUAAAGUACACAUGGGGGAAAAGUGGCCUUCAGACAGCACUCUCACUUUUACCCCACAUAUACAUUGAUGAUAACAAGACGCUUCACAUCUCCAAUGCCCACCAGUCAGAUUCAGGAGAGUAUUACUGCACUGCUGAAAAUGACAUGGGUCGGGAUAGUAAAAAGACCAUUAUAACAGUGUUCACUGGUGAUCAUGAAGAAGAUAUAUUAUCUACAGUCCCAGAAAUUAAUUUAGAAGAACCUACAAAUCCUGCAAAUUACAAUUUAAAAUCAUAUAAAGAUGUUUACUUGAGAGACUCACCAAGACAUUCUAUCAGUGAUGCUACCCCAAAUGUAGCCAAUACACCCUUCAAUAAUCAUGAUGUAAUAAAUUUUGUGGACAGACAGAAAAACGAUGUCCGAAAAUCAUCAGAACUAUUGCCUGUUGCCUUCCACUCCAAGCUUCAAACAAAUGCACAACAAAGUCACUCAUAUAUUACUGCUCCUACCCCAAUCAUUCAGCAUCCAGAUCAUCCGACCCUGCAUCCAAGCCUACAAGCUGAGUCAUGGUCUGUACACACCCAGUUCCUCAGGAAAACUAGUCGCCUUUCAAACCAGCACGCAAGCUCCCUGCAGGACCAUCUAUCUCCUAGUUCAAUAGUUCAGGGCCUUGGUCAACUCACCCAGGUCACUGGGUUCACAAAUUAUAAUAUGAACAGUAUGAACAGUAGUACCAACACGACUGAUAAGGAAGUCAAUCUGAGCUGGAGUCAACCCACUGAGCCACUUGAUGCCACCAAGGCUUCACAGACGAAUAAUACAGAAGUAGUUGAAACAUUGAAGAAAAACACAUCUAAAGCCCCCAUGAGGACCACAGACAACAAUGCCAGAGAGAAAAGGAAGUCACAAGGUUGGCUACCAGUAAUUGAAGAGCAUGACAUUCCUAUUGUUGUAGGGGUUGGAGUUUCCUUAGCUUUCAUUUUUAUCACCAUGAGUUUUUACUCUUUGUUUCGGAAAAAUGACCCUGCAGCCAUAACAACGGGACGAGCAGCUAUCAGAGGCCCGAUCGGCAGGCCUGGGGAACGUCUUGCCAUUGAAAGGACGUAUGAUAAUAAAGCUUUUGAGGAUGACAACAUGGUUGCUGUUAUUGAGCAAAGUCCAAACACAUCUGAGACCAGAGCCCAACGCCCAGCAUCCAGCCCAUCCACUUUGCUAAUGGAGCCGUCUUAUGAGGAUGCACCAGAGGAAGUGCAGCCAACCCGAGACUUCCCAGUCAUAGUGGAAACACACCCUGACCGAGAUUUGACCGAGGAGCAGUUGGAGACCUCAUUUGAGGAUGGCAAAAUCACCCCACCCCACCCAUCCGACAUCCAGCUUCAGUGCAUGGAAGACUGGAGAAGCCCCGAUUUGGGGCAGUGCCAAGAUCCCCCUUCACCAACCCCUGUCAACACUGUGGGUCCUCAGGAGAGCCUCCGCUCCUCACUCACUCUGCAAACCAGUGAAUCCUCCUCCACACCCGUGCACCACAGCAUCAGCCUCUCCCACAAUUCCUGUCCCCUCAUGCUGUCCCACUGCGUGACCAUGGGCAUGACCUCCAUAGCCGUAGAUGUGCACUUCUACCCCUCUGUUGUACAGAACAGCUUCAGCACUUCCGCUCCCAGUUCUAGCACUACGUUUGGGCCUUCGAGGCCUCAGGGAGGAUCCAGGCCUGAACACGAUUCAGCAGCACCAUCUGCUCAUAACGGAAAAUAAAUCAUGAAAUUCAAACAGGACUUCUAACUUUGGGAUUGCUCAUUAAAAUAUAUGUGUGAUUGUAAUAGCUGUAAUAUUUUAAAAGCUGUAAAGGUGCUUUCAUUUUUAUUCUAAUUUUCAUUUUUGUUGCUAUGAUUCGCUUGUUCAUUGUAAAAACAUGUGAUUAUAGAAAGAGUGUAUCAAAGAAUUCUUAGUAGCUAAAAUUUCUGUCUGAUGUUCACUAA